AUGACGCCUCCUAGCGAGAAUAUGGAAUUGGAACAAUCAGUCAUCGUGUCUCCUUGGAUGUCUUCGUUCACCAUCGUCGGUCCUCAUCGUCCAAAUUCUGAGGUCAUCGAGAGUAUGGACCCGGAACAAUCGGUCAUCGCUUCUCCUUUGCCGUCCUCGUUCACCGUUGCAGGUCCUCGUCGUCCAUAUCCUGACGUCAUUACGACUCCUCUACAAGCUCACCACGACCAUGUCGGCCCAUCGGCCCUCGAGCAUCUGGCCUUCAAGGAUUACACGAUCAGUGGUGGCCCAUCUACUGUGACUAUGGGAGAUAGUAUCCAACUCUGGUAUCAGCUGCAAUUGUCAGACGGGGUUGUUGUCGACUCCUGUAUGCAGGGCACAUCAUUCAAGCUUGUGUUAGAUGAUGACCGGCUGCUUCCCGCAAUUGACCAGGGAAUUGUGGGUAUGAAGGUGAACGGAGAGUGUUUAGUCAAGAUUCCACCUGCAUUAGGAUACGGCAACUGA